AUGAACAACGGACCGAAACGGAAGACGGAGCUAGUUGUUCGAGAACCGGCGCGUUACAUGUGGACAUUGCUGCGCUCAGCGAGACCUGCUUCUCCGAGCAAGAUUAAGUGGAGGAGGUAAGUGCCCGUUACACGUUCUUCUGCGACGUCCGUCCCAGGGCAGAACGACGAUACACGGGCGUCGUUUUUGCCACCCCGAGCAUUGUGGGACAACUGCCGCGUCUGCCGCAGGGCAUCAAAGACCGACUGAUGAGACUGCGCCUGCCUCUUCCGAGACGCCAAUUCGCCACCAUCACCUCCGCCUACGCCUCACCAAUGACCGGCUUUAACAAGUUGAAGAUCAGGUUCUACGAAAAUUAG